GUUUUAAUUCCAUCAAAUACUCAUGGAAUGAAAUUUUUUUUUAGAAUGGCCACGUAAAAAACAAACUGCCAGCAACAUAUGUGCGUAAAUAAAAAAGAAAGAGUAAACAUCUAACAGGCAACGCGGCAGUUCGUUGGUUAAGGUAAGUUCUGUGGACCGAAUUGGAGUCAGGUUGCUGCAGCUGAGAGUUAUAGAGAGACGGAAAUGUUCUAUUAACCCGUGACAAUGGACGAGAAACUCAAAUAUUCACUCCUUCGUGGCGACCUGGUGGACACCCAAAGCAUUUGGACAAGGCAUGAGAAACGUGUGUGGUUCAUCACACUAAUAACAGGCACAUGCAUGCUGUAUUCCACCCGCACUACCAUGCCGUUGCUAGUUCCUGCUGUGGCUGCCGCUCAGAAAUGGAGCAAAACGGACUCGGGAACUGUGCUGAGUUCGUUCUUUUGGGGUUAUACCUUGACACAGGUUGUGGGCGGCUAUUUUAGUGAUCGAUUUGGUGGCCAGAGAGUUAUACUGAUAGCUGCUCUGGGCUGGUCGCUGAUAACAUUCCUGAUGCCCACGAUCAUUUGGUCAACCAGUUCCAUUAAAUCAUAUGCCAUUCCAUGUAUAGUGACAGUACGCAUCUUGAAUGGAGCCCUGCAAGGUGUACACUUUCCCAGCAUGAUAAGCCUAACUAGUCAGAAUCUCUGUCCAAAUGAACGUAGCAGUUUCUUUGGCCUUCUGACCGCAGGAUCCGCUCUGGGCACACUGUUGACCGGCAUCAUGGGCUCAUUUAUUUUAGAUUACUUUGGCUGGUCAUAUGUCUUCCGUGUUAUUGGUCUAAUGGGCUUCGCCUGGGCCCUGGUGCUCCGCUACUAUGCCAUGGCCGGCGAACGUAAUCGCAUUAUUAAUAUUGCAACGCCCUCGCGUCUAUGUGCCAAUAGAACGCCCACAGAAACGGCUGUUCCCUGGUUACGCUACUUCGGUCGCCUGUCCUUUUGGGCCUGUGUCCUUACUCAUGCCUGUGAGAUGAAUUGCUUCUUUGUGUUACUGUCCUGGCUGCCCACAUACUUUCACGAUGGAUUUCCCCAUGCCAAGGGUUGGGUCGUCAACAUGAUACCCUGGUUAGCUCUGCCUCCAUGUACAUUGUUUGCCAAAUACUUGACCACACAAAUGUUAGCCCGGGAUUGGUCCACCACAACGGUGAGGAAAUUAAUCCAGAGCUGUUGCUUUGCCGCACAAAAUUUGGCAUUAUUUGUCAUGUCCAGGACAACGGACUUCCACACUGCCCUUAUUUGCAUGACCAUUAUUAUCGGAGGCACCGGAUUCCAUAAUAAUGCCGUUACAGUUAAUCCACAGGACUUGGCACCUCUACAUUCGGGAAGUGUGUUCGGUUUAAUGAACACUGUGGGAGCUAUUCCUGGCUUCCUCGGCGUUUAUUUGGCCGGGCAUAUACUGGAAUUGACACAAAGUUGGCCAAUGGUAUUUAGUGCAGCGGCCGGCAUCAAUCUGGUGGGUUGGAUUAUAUUCAUUGUAUUUGGUUCAGCUGAGGCGAUUGUUUAAAUCGAAGUUCUUUUUUUAAUUUAUCUAAUUCUGUGUGUAUAUAGUAAAAUAUAUUAGUCUUAAGUAGAAAAAAGAUAAAGAAAAUCCUAAUGAUCAGAGCGUGAUAUAUUAUAUAUAUGUACAUAUAUAGAUCUCGGAUUAUAAAAAAAAAAAACGGACAACUCCAUAAAAGUGGAAAGCUUAGAGGAUAUAUAAGGAGUUUGCAUUAAGGUUGUGCUCUUCAUGGCAUAAGAAUGAAGGACACUUGAUUAAAGUUGACACAAAACAUUUCGAAAUAAGCGAGACCAUUAAUUUUGAUAGAUUAUAUCUAUGCAUAUAUAUAGUUUAACAUUUCAUCGCAAACUCUGUAGAUAUAUGAAUAAUAAAAACGAGAUAUAUGUCAAAAGUAAAA